AUGUCACCGCCUUUGACCGUCACUGUACGAGGCCGGACUUUCGAGCCGACACCUGUGUUCGAUACGUUUUGGCGUUUCGCGGCAGAAAGACACGCUAUAACCGAAAAGCGUUUCAAAGACCUUCCCGCUCCAUGGACGGACGACCCUAUUUUACGAGCUUAUCCAUUCUGUAAUACGUACCGGGUUCUAGACCGGGUGAGCCAAUACAUAAUCACAGAAGUCAUCGAAAAAGGUUCUCAAGAUCCCACCGAACUUGUGUUUCGAAUUCUGCUUUUCAACACUUUCACGAGCAUUAAUACGUAUGAAACCCUGCGACGCGCGAUCGCACCUUUCACUUGGGCCACCUACGAACGAGCCGAUUACGAACGCGUCUUGCGUCGUUUGUACGACGACAGAGUCUCGAUAUACACUGGGGCUUUUCAAAAGCCUGCACCUAGUCUAGGCUUCGUGGAAAACUUCAUGAAUCAUCUCGCUCUCAUGGAGGUCUUGAUGAAAGACUUGCCCAUGCGGUGCGUAAAGGCCAAGUACAUCGCGGACAUCUUUGAAUGGCUGUGCACCUUUAAGAGCAUGGGAGACUUCACUGCGUACCAGCUGGUGUUGAACCUCUCCUAUUCAAGUGUUUUGAACUUCUCGGACUACGAUUUUGUGGUGGUCGGGGUGGGUUCACGUCGAGGCCUUCAACGCUGUUUCAAAGGUCUCAUUCCUCACAAAUGCGAGAUUGACAUAAUCCGAUGGAUGCAACUCACGCAGAGGGAUCAUUUCUCGCGUCUCGACCUGAAGUUUAAUGGCUUGGGACCCCGGGCUCGUCCUAUUAUGCUGUGCGAUGUCGAGCACAUCUUAUGCGAGGUCGAUAAAUACGUCAGGAAGCUCGGCACACCAGCCCGUCGCACCUUUCAGCCAUCUGGCGCACUUCCAAAGAUGCGUCUUCCCAAGGCAUGGACGCUUCCUGCGCGGCUAUCACUCCGUAUCAAAUGCCAGAAGGAAGCAGAAGUCGAGUUCAUCGAGAAGUUUGUUGUGUCAUCAAUUCAAUCGCACCGAGGAGUGGAAGGCGAAAGAGAAUUUUUAGUUUAUUGGGAGGGGUACAGCUCCGAUGAUGCUUCAUGGGAACCCGAAGACGUGCUUGUCGAUGAUGCACCCAAUGCCAUUAGGGAAUAUUGGGAGCGUGUACAAGCCUGA